AUGAAUCAUCAGGACCCAGAGAUGCAGGUGGAAAGCGAUGUGGUGGACCAGGAAGCUUACGACCAGGAACAGCUGUUAUACGAACAACAUAUGCAGGACCCGAACUUCAUUUCAGGAACCUUCAACAAUGUGGCUCAAGGUCUGACUGGAGGAUACCGGAAUAUCAUGAUGCAAUAUUGGCAAGAUACGAUUGACUCGAUUGAAAACAAUGACCACGAGUUUAAGCAGCAUCAUUUACCGCUUGCGCGGAUCAAGAAAGUUAUGAAGGCGGAUGAAGACGUCAAGAUGAUUUCUGCAGAGGCACCGAUUCUGUUUGCCAAAGGGUGCGACAUUUUCAUUACGGAACUAACAAUGCGGGCAUGGAUUCACGCAGAGGAAAAUAAGCGACGGACAUUACAGCGAUCUGAUAUUGCCAGUGCUCUGCAAAAGUCGGAUAUGUUUGAUUUUUUAAUUGAUAUUGUGCCUCGUGAAGAAGCCAUUGGGUCAUCAUCGGCCGCAUCAAGAAAAGCCCAGGCUCAGGCUGCUGCUGCUGCGGCGGCGGCUGCUCAAGCUGAAGCUCAGGCUCAAGCUCAGGUUCAGCAGCAGCAACAACAACAACAACAACAACAACAACAGCAGCAGCAGCAGCAGCAACAACAACAGUCAAGCGGAGAGGUAUAUGCUACCCAAUACGAAGAAGAUGAUGAAAGUGACAUGCAACAGGCGCAGGACGCCGGGAUGGCUUUGCCGCCAUCGCUGGAUGACGGCAAUGAUCAAGCACAGUACGUUUCACAGGCUUCGGGACAAGGAACACAGGCACCGCAACCCAUGUACGGCGAGUUGGAUAGUAUAUAUAAUGAGUACAGAGAGUACUAG